UCUUUUUACCAAAAAGUAUGGUCACCUUCAGAUGGGAAGUGAAAAUAUUUUACAUAAAAACGUUAGUGAAAAUUUAAACAAUUUUUUAUGGAGAGAAAAUGGAGAACUACCAACUGAAAAAGUGAAAAUUGAGAAUAAGAACAGGUCUGCUUCAACAUGGUCAUUUAAAUUCCUUAUUAAUGAAAAAGAGAAGUGUAAAGAUAAAACACCUUUCUUGAUACUGCUAAUAGCAACUACGGCUGCUGAAAUUCAGCUAAGAAGUUCCAUCAGAAAAUCUUGGGGAAAUGAAUCGGUGGUUCAAGGAGUUGAGGUUGUUCGGUUGUUUAUGCUGGGUGUGCAGAACAAGGGUCCAAAUGAGGUCUUACUGAAAGAAAGCGAGCAAUAUCACGAUAUUAUUCAACAAGACUUCCUGGACACUUACUAUAACUUAACUCUUAAAACUUUGAUGGGCAUGAAGUGGGUUGCUUCUUAUUGCAGUGGUGCCAGCUUUGUUAUGAAGACAGAUAGUGAUGUUUUUGUUAAUACAAUGUACCUAAUAGAAAAGCUCCUCAGGCCUCUUUCACCUCCUCCACAAAAUUAUUUCACUGGCUGCCUUAUGAAAGGGUAUAAGCCUAUUCGAGAUAAAACCAGUAAAUGGUACAUAUCAGAAGAAGAAUACCCAGGUGACAAUUACCAUCCUUUUUGUUCAGGAACUGGCUAUAUCUUUUCUGGAGACCUGGCUUCAAAAAUUGUCAGUGCUUCUGUAACGAUAAAAUAUAUCCAUUUGGAAGAUGUUUAUGUGGGGCUCUGUCUUAAUGCAAAGGGAAUACAAAUAGUACCUCCACCUAGUUAUUCAUUGUUUAACAUAUACAAGGUCCCAUUUUCUCCUUGUCUGUACAGUAACAUAAUUACAUCUCAUCACAUUCAGACAAAUGAGCACAUAGUGUAUUGGGAAAGGCUGCAAAAGAACCACCACACGUGUCAGACAAAACAGAAAGGCCCAUAGCGGAGAGUCCUUUCUUUCUUUGAUGGUGGACAAACAUUCUCCUAGAAACAGAGUGUCUAUGUAGUGAUAACUUUCAAGGUUCAGGGACAUCCUGUAUCAGGUGAUUAGUUUUUGUAGUAGGUUGCAUUCAAAGGAUUUUUUUUCCCAUGAAGCAGACUUUCUCUGUUGACUGAAUACUGCUUGGUACCUUACUUUGCUUUGGAUUGUGCCAGUUCAUAUACUGUUUUUAAAAUAUAGCAAGAGAUCAUAUCAAGUAUACUGAAGAAAAAGCAAUGAAGAUGCAAUGAAACUUAUUUUUUCAUUAACAAAUAAUACAAGUAAUAGUAUGUUCAUUUUUUUAUUGUUCGGAUGUAAUCAGUCUGCAUACUGUCAUACUAACAUGGCAUUUCGAUGUGGCUGAAGAGGAAAGCAUACAUGAUGUCCGAUGUUGGUGAAUUAGUGAUGGAAAUAUGGAUGGAACUGGUUUGGUCUGGGUUUUUCUUUUGUUUGGGUUUGUUUCCCUCCCUCUCCCUCUCACGGAAAUCGAAUAUUACGAUUUUCCAGAUCUCCAUGAGUGCAUGCAGCUUCUAUUACUCUCUGUAGCCAAAUAUAAAAGAAUACCUCACAUGCAAGAUACCACUUAGUUGUUAUUAUGGGGGUAUAAUAAACCAGAGGAAAAUUAAAUGCUGAUAAGAGUGUUUUGACAGAAACAUUAAAUUCCAUUAAUUCUAUUUUGGGGCAUUCAGCCAUGUAUGAAAUAUCCUCAUAGCUAAGGAAAAAAUAAGAUGAUGCUUAAUAACCUUGAAAGCUAAAAGUUUCAGUCAAAAUGCUAUGUAAGUAAAUUACUUUCCAUAUUUCUCUCCAACCAAGAAUAAAUUAUCUGCUACUCCCAAUAAGAAUUAAGAGGCCUUUACAGCAAUUACUGAGUGGGCCAACUGGCUGGAUCAGUUGAAUAGCUGGAAAAAAGUACCUGUAGCUUUGGAGAAAGCUAAUGAGAUGCACGCUGGAAUCAAAAUAUCCAUCACAUAAAUACCAAAACUUCAGCCAGAGUUGAAGUGAGAAAGUGAGUAUACAGUAUAUGUGUCCCCACUGUCAUGUAUAAUAAAGAAACCUAAUUGUA